CCUACACUCUCUCUCGUCCUGUUCAAGCCUUGCUAAUUAAUGUUGUUUCUAUCACCUUGGUGGUCAGGACUCAUGCACAUGGAAUAACACAGCAUCCCUGAACAGAAACCCUGUCAAAGGAUUGCAUAUGCCUGAAUUUUGCAUAUGCAUAUGCCUGAACAAAGAUCCCCAACAACCACGUGUGCUCUGUUUCCCCUGCCUCAGCUUCCCACGUCUCACUCGGUUAAAGCCGCCUUUCCACUACACACGACAAACGACGGACGAUAAACAGAAAGUCAUUCAUUUCCUAUGGAAAGUCGCAAAGGCGCUGCGUGAGGUGUCGAACAUCUGCGGAUCCGUAAUUUUCGGAUCCGUUUUAAGCGUUGGAUCCGUUAAAAAAUUUGAACUUGUGUGACUACACCGCAUCUGAUAUGCCGACCGGACAGGUUUUUAUUAAAACGACCGGCAGAUGUUAGUUAGGAAAGAGUGACAAAAAAGGCAAAAACAAGUGAAGAGAAAAGCGAUGAAGAAAAUUAAGCAAAAUUUAAAAUAGAGCAGCUCUAUGAAUGGGAAUUUAAAUGGUCGGGUAAUAUGGAUGUCGUAACCGGAUUGGUGCGCGUCGUGGACAGCUGAUUAACAGCUGAUGCACGCUUGACGACGUGGCCUGUCAGAACUAACGCGAUGCUUGAUUUAAGUUCGUUAAUUUUAGUGAAGUUUAGUUAAGUUCCAUUUAAGUGUAAAGUAGCAUUAAGAGUGUACAGUAGCGAGUAAGUGAACGAAAGUGAAAGUGCACUAUAAUUCCUCCUGUUUACUCCUCCCUCAACCUCCGUGCGCAUCUUCCGUUGUAAUGCAGAAAAAUAGGACAAACACCAAAGAAGAGAAUGGCCUGGUUUCAUCAUGCCUCGCAAGGAGAGAGCCUUCCACAGUCACCUUUUAUGAGGAAUCAUACAACAAAUAGUCGUAUCGAGUCGCACCAGAUUUCAGCUACACAAGUAGCUUUAUCUGAGGCCCAAGGUUGGCCUCAGCAUCAAAAAAUGGGAGAGCAGUUACAUUUCUCUUCCCUCAAUCAGAGUGAUGGUCCACUGCCUCUGUCAUAUGUGACUCUCCAGGAACAGCAUUGUGUGGUUAGCUGGUUCCUUGGCUGGGGUCCCCCUCAAAGAGAAUGUUUUCUUCAAGACCUGAUUUCAAAGGCAGUACCAGGAAAGAUUUGCAGCUUAUUGGAGCACCUUAAUAAACUUCAGGUAAAGGACUGUCCUCCGAACAUUUUUGAGUGUCAGUUGAGGCUGUGGACACAGUGGUUUGAUGCAUGGACUGAAGAGGAAAGGAAUGUCUUUUUGACCAGCCUGGAAGAAAAGGAUCCAGCCUUUGUUGCUCAGUUCUACAAAGGGCUAGCGAGUACUGCAGGUUGUAAUUGAUGGCUUUUGUAUAAAUAAGUAGGAUUUGUUCCCUGAAUCAUUCAUGCUAUUAUUAAUAACAUCACCUGCUUUUCCAAAUCAGAUAAGGUAUAAAAGUUAAUAUAUCAGCAGACAGGGUAAUCAUGCGAUGGAGACAACAGAAUGACAUUCUUUGAAAUUAAUGUCUUAAGGAAUUCUUACAGCAUUUUUUCAGAAUUGUUGCUGAUCUGUUGCUGUUUUCAUAUAUGAAAACAAAAAUUUAAAUGGUUACAUGUCAAAUGUAUGAUCAGCAAAAUCUCAGCAUUGUUUAUUUCUGUUUAAUGACAAACAAUUUUUGUAAUUUACAUUUAAUGCUGAUUAGAUUCUUUUUUUGUAAAAUUGUUUUCAGUUGUGAGUUUAUCUGUAAAUCUAAUAACAUUAGUUCUCUUAUGAAGGUAAUAAAAUAAAUUAUAAACAAGUAAAAUUAUGUAAGGCUGAAGAAUUUACUUUUAAAAAUUAGAUCAGUUGCAAUUUUUUAAUGCCAAGUACUGCAAAGUUGUGACAGAUUGCUGGUAAAGUAUAUGGCCAAAAGUAUGUAGAUAGUGUGUUGAAUUUGUAAACUUUUUACAAUUUAAAUUUUUUUCAUUUUUUUACCUUUUAAUCAGAUUAAGUAUUUGUAGCAUCACUCAUUAUAAAGAUGUGAAAAUGUUACUAAAAAGUACUCAAAGCACCUGCACAUAUGUGUUAAUUAGAAAAAAAACUUUUUUUCUAAGCUCAUUGUGUUUUCAGGGCCUAAAGCAUGCUCUGUUAUUGCCGCUAUAAACUGUGUUUUAGUGCAUAUUUUUUCAUUUUAUUCAUUUUAAUUUCAUUUUAAUUUUUUACACUUUAUUUUUUAUUUUAUUUUAAUAUAUGCUUUGUGUCAUAUAUUGGCUUUUUAAAGUUUGUGAACCUUUUUAGAAUUUUUUGUUUCUGCAUAAAUAUGAACCAAUCCAUCAUCAGAUUUUCUUAAAGAAAGUCUAAAAGUAGGCAAACUGAAAAAAAUUAAAUCUGUAUUUUCAAUGAAGGGGAUGACAUCAGGUCUGAA